UCUCCUCCUACCUUAUCCCUGCAUAUUUCUUCUCCCUCUUUUUCACUCUCUCUCAUUUAGUAAUGGCGACAUUGAACGCUUCAGUCCUUCCCCGAACCCUAAUUUCUUCUUCAUCAGUAAGCCGAAGAACCUCUGUUUCUAUUUCUAGGGUUCCUCUUGUUUCUUCUUUCCGAUAUGAUUGUCGCUCUCGUUUCGCAUCUCGUUCUCUUUGCAAAUCUUCCUCCGUAUCUCGUAGUUCCUCCAUCAGAGCAGCUGUGGAUGGAGAAUACUCUUCAAAGAGAAGUAGUAGUAAUGAACCCAGAGAAACAAUUUUGUUACCUGGGUGUGAUUACAAUCACUGGCUUAUUGUAAUGGAGUUCCCUAAAGAUCCAGCUCCAACUAGAGAACAAAUGAUUGAUACUUAUCUUAAUACUCUUACCACAGUAUUGGGAAGCAUGGAAGAAGCGAAAAAGAAUAUGUAUGCUUUUAGUACUACAACCUACACUGGAUUCCAAUGCACUGUCUCUGAAGAAACAUCGGAAAAAUUCAAGGGAUUGCCUGGAGUUCUUUGGGUAUUGCCGGACUCUUACAUAGAUGUCAAAAAUAAGGAUUAUGGAGGUGAUAAGUAUGUCAAUGGGGAGAUAAUUCCGUGCAAAUACCCAACUUACCAACCGAAGCAACGCAGUGGAUCGAAAUAUGAAAGUCGAAGGUAUGAAAGACGAAGAGACUCACCUCCUCCUCAAAGAAGACCCAAACAAGAUGUGGCGCCUCAGUCAGGUUCAACUUCUGCUCCUCAAUGAGACGUUAAGCGCUCCUGAAGUACUGAAGGGUGUUGAUGGUUGUAUGAACUUAUUCUGUGUUGUCGAGAUACGCUAUUGUUCAUAUUCAUUAGAAGAGGACGUGAUGUGUAGUGUUUGUGAUGUGUAGUGUUUACAAAUGACCUCAAUCUCUUCUCUUAAUUUUGCGGCUAGUUCCAUAGAAAUAACGAAACACAACUCUUAUGAGUAAUGAUAUCUUAAGAAUAGUAUUAACAUGGCAAAUGUAUCUAGGUGAACUUGAUUAUAAAUCCUCACCUAUGGGAUUUGUAAA